CGGAAGUGAAGGAAACACUUAAGCUAACAACAACAAGGAGUCUGUUCUGACUUCCAUUGAUGUCUUUUCGUCUCCUGGCGUUUUUUUUGAAGACAUGGCUCUACCGGCUCAGCUCAAACCCAUCCAGCACCACCUCCGGACCGCACAGGAACACGAGAAACGGGACCCGGUCGUGGCUUACUACUGUCGGCUCUAUGCUAUGCAGACAGGCAUGAAGCUGGAAAGUAAAACACCAGAGUGCCGAAAGUUCCUGGUCAAACUCAUGGACCAGCUGGAAUCGAUGAAGAAGGAGCUGAGUGACAACGACUCCAUCAGUCAGGAGGUUGUUGGAAACGCUCACAUCGAAAACUACGCCUUAAAAAUGUUCCUGUACGCAGACAACGAGGACCGAUCAGGACGAUUCCACAAGAACAUGAUCAAGUCCUUCUACACAGCCAGUCUGCUGCUGGACGUCCUGUCUGUGUUCGGGGAGUUGUCGGAGGAGAACAUCCAGCACAGGAAGUACGCCCGUUGGAAGGCCACCUACAUCCACAACUGUCUGAAGAAUGGGGAGACGCCUCAGCCCGGGCCCAUCGCCAUGGAUGAGGACGAGGAAGCAGAUGAGUUCGGAGCUGAAGGUUCCUCAGGCCCGGGUCCUUCCCAUGGGGCGUCCUUCAGGGGUGGUCCUCCUUCUGAGUCCUAUGAGGACAAGAGCUUGCAUCCAGGUCCUUCCCCAGGAAUUGGAUUUACUCCGAGUCCAGGAUUGGGGCCAUCGGGUCCCCCCACCACCACCUACAACAACAUCCACAUCCCACCGGGGGCCCACGCACCGGCCAACACUCCAGCCGAGCUGCCACCACCCGCAGCAGAAGGAGUUAAACCUGUGCCUAUGCCCCGAUCAGUGCCCACUGUUGACCCCACACUGCUCAACGCCCAGCAGCAGGGUGGUGUUCACCUCUCGCCGGAGGACUUCACCAAGGCUCAGAAGUACUGUAAGUACGCGGGCAGCGCCCUGCAGUACGAGGACGUGAGCACGGCCGUCCAGAACCUCCAGAAAGCCCUGAAACUCCUGACCACCGGCAAAGAAUGAAGCCUUUGUCCUCCGAUCCCAUCCCUCCAUCCCUCCUUCCUCCAUCCCCCUCUUUUCUCCCCAGCAGCGCCGCUCUAUCUGUCACUGAUCUGGCCCACGGCGAGCCGAGGACGCAACACACACACACACACACACAGUGAAGAGAGCUGUUCAGCUCGCCGUCAGAGGACAUGAUGGAAAUCAGUCUGCAACAAUGGCUGCCUGUGUCUGACACUGUGUCCCACUGACUGACUGACUGACAGUCCUUGUCUGUGACUGUCUGUGACUGUCUGUCUGUCUGUAGAGCCCAUUAUUGAUCAUUAUUGAUCAGUUACAGUUGAUCAGAUUUUCAGUAUGGUCACACACUGAUGACACUAAAUGUUGGUAAAUUUCCAUUAAAACAAAUUUCGGUUCCUUUUCUGUAAAAACAAAAAAAAACAAACCUGAACUCAAGGUUUUCAAGAAGGACAAAAAGAAGAAACAGGCUGAGUCAGCGAGCAGCUUUCAGACUCACCUGUGGAGCAGGUAGAUCCUUCACACGCUCUGUGACCACGGGUUCCAGAUCACGUUCAUUCUCAAACACAACAAACAUCCACAACAAGGAAAAUCUGAAAACCUGUUUCUGUCUUUUCUUCUCUGUAAAAAGUUCAGAAUUUAUUCGACAUCCAGUUUAAAACUUGGACUCAUUAGACUUUUGUUUUUUCGGAGACAUGGAGGUUUUUGUCCUGAAGUCUUUUACUGCUAAUGUGUUUGAUUAUUGCUGUUGGUUACUGCUCAGACGCCGGUGCUGGUUUUUCUCUGAGCUUCUUUUAGUGGGACUUUUCUGGUUUGUGCUGCAGGAUCUCGUCACCUGUCGAAGUCAGAGGCGGUUUGAAUAAAACAUGUGAAACGAU